AUGGAGGGCCUCGAUAACAGCAACGCCGCCACAGUUAACACCAACACCAAUAGUAGUUCAACUGCCAGUAAUAGUGCCCUGUUGGCCUUCAACCUUCCUCUCGACAGCUUCGCCUCGGCUCCAACACCUACUCAGCGCUCGAUGAAUCCGGGCGUCUUGGCCAUCUGCCUGACUAACGAGUCUAGCGGGGACGCCAACUGCUACGUUUAUUCGACCUUGGAGGGCAGUAAGCGUCGGGCCAGUGAGCAGAGUCGCCAGGUCGGCAUCUUGAAGGCGACUGCUUCGUUUGUGAGAGAGAUGAACCCACAUCCUACCACAACAACAGCACCGUUCGAUGAUGCCGGCCACCCAUCACCGACCUACAGCAGUGGAGUCGGAGGAAUAGAAGGAUCAUUUGGAGACGAGGUUGACAUACGGACACGAGUCGAUGCCACCCUGACGAUUACUUCGAACGACGACAAAAUGAACACCUGGUUUGGAUUCAAGUCUGGGGGCGCUUUGUACCUGCGGGGUGACGGAUGGGACGACAUGGACAUUCGAGAGAGUAUUGUUGCGGCAUUAGAGCUUGCGGAGGAGCAACUUGAAUGCACAUCUGUCUACCUGUGCCUCGAGAAGAGCAAUCCCCAUCUCACACAACUCACACAUGCGCUGUUGUAUGCAACGUUUCAGUUGGUUACCCCGGGGGUAUUACCCCACGCAGACCCCAAGUACCUGGUCAUGGGGAUUGACUUUUGA